UCUUUUGAUUAACGCGCCAGUCGGCAGUGCGUGUUUGCCGCGAGUCGCGAACGGAGGCUGCCUUUUCCUUGUUGUUUUUCCCCGCGAACUGAUAAGCAGAGAAGUUCAAUCUAAUCCCCGAUGAAGUCACUGAUAGUGAUUGUACUCGUGGGUCUGUGCUGCCACAUUGCUCAGUCACAGGAAACCGGAGAAGUAGCCAGCGAAUCGAAUGACGCACUUAGGAUCGAGGAGAGCAAGGCCAACGUAGCCGCCCAGGUGGAGGCCAUGCUGGCGCACUUCCAGCAGGAGGAUCCGCAGGGUCUGCCCGGCGUCCCAGUGCCCGAUCCCCUGGAGGUGCCGAAUGUGAAGAAGAGCAUGGGCAUGGUCAAUCUGGACAUGAAGCAGGUGAAGGCCUACGGACUGUCCAAGUUUCGCAUAGACAAAAUGAAUUUGGACCUGAAGGAGAUGAGGUUCAAUGGUGGCCUCCAGUUGGAUCAGAUGUUGUGCAAGGGCCAGUACACGAUGAGCUCCUUUUUCUCGAAGGGCAGUGGUCCUUUUACUGUGGUCCUGAAGAACGUCUAUGCCGAAGCCACUGCUUUUCUAGCCGUCGAACGGGAUGGCCACUUGGCCGUGGACCGCAUCAAAAUCGAUAUCACCUUCUCGGACAUGACCAUGGACUUCCAGAACCUCGGCCUGGUGGGCAGCGUCUUCCAGAGCGUGGUGAAUGGGGCACCCAAUCUCGUUUUCGAUGCCAUGAAGCCAUUUAUGCUGCAGGAGGCGGACAAGAAGCUGCGCAGCGAGAUCGACACGAUGAUCCAGAAGACUUUGGGAGACCGCCGGCUGCCCAACUCGAUAACCCCGCUGGAUAGCGCCAUUGCGAUGGCCCGCAAGAUGGUGCGGGAGAAGGGCUACGAUCCGUAUCAUCUGCCCGAUGUGAAUCGCACCAUGGGCGUCUUUAGUGUUCAGCUGGCUCACACAUGGAUCAAUGGCAUCUCGAGCUUCUAUCGGGUGGGCAACAUAACCGCCGGGAUGGCCAACAAGACGGUGUCGCUGCUUCUGCAGGUGGGAACCCAACAAAUCACGGGAGCUGGCCAAUGGGAGGUGGGUUUGGGCAUGAUGACCCGCGUCGGUCAUGUCCAGUUCACCGUCCAGCACAUCCGAGCCACCGUGGGCGUAAGUCAAUCUUUGGACACCCGCAAGCGAGCGCAGAUAACCGACCUGCAGUUCGACAUGGGCAACAUUCAGGUGCGUUGCGAUGGAGCCGGCACCUUGGAUUACAUUAUGGAGUUCGCUGUGAAUGUGAUCCCGAACCUGCUGCGCUACCAGAUCAUGGACGCCAUCGAGAAUCCCAUCAAGCAGCGCGUCCAGGAGAAGUUCAACUCGAUCGAUGUGGAGGAGGUGAUCAAGAAUAUGGCGCAGAAUGACUUUAACUUUGAUCCAAAGAUAUUAGGAUUGUAAAUAAGA